CUAGGCACUGCGCCUGUGAGGGUAGUCCCAAGCCCAGUCAGGUCAUCUGCACCACCCAGGCCACCUUGGAGGAUGGGAAAUAACCUCCGCUGCCUGGGAAGGAACCGGAGGAAGCGCAGGGAGUCUGGCCCUGGCGGGACGAGAGAGCGGCAAGAAGGGUCUGCGUCUGAAGGAGACCUUCAAGGCCCAGGUGAAGAAGCUGCAGCCGUAUCUAACCAGGAGUGUGACAACGGCAGCGGCUCAGAAGUGUGCUACACUGUCAUUAAUCACGCCCCUCGGAGGUCCUCGCUCAACUCCAAUGAUGACGGCGGCUAUGAGAACGUGGAGGCCGCCUCCCGGAGAGUGAGGCCGCCCCGGGAGGGCUCGGAGACCGAGUACACGCUCCUGAGGACAGCCGCCCUCGGACCCUCCUCCUACAGCACUGAGCCCGACUACGAAGUUGUGCUCCCGCACUAGCAGCCCACCUGUCUCCUACACAGAUGGGGUGCAGAUGGGCAGCCUCGGGACACGUCUUCUCUCUCAGAAGCCCCUGGAGCAUUCAUCUCUGGCCAGAGACUGUGUGUUCUGCCGUAGGUUUUAUUCUACCACUGUCAGCAGCUCUUGGGUGAGGCGGCUCUGCUUUGGUUGAAAUGAUGCUCCAGAGAGAGGCCCAAGACCUACCCAGGGCAGCAAGGGCACACACGUGUGUCUUGGGGUCCUGGCUCCAAAUGUCAGCAUCUCCAGGGACCUAACUCCUCUUUGAGGUGGGACUAACUCAGUACAUUCAGCAAUGUCAGACUAGCGACCAGACCCCUCAGUAGAUGCAUCACUGUCGCUUUUCUCUGUGUCCUGAGAAUCUAGCUCACAAGCUGGGGUGGGGAUUAAAGAACUGACAAGAAGAGGAACCGAAUGUGUCACCAAGAAGAAACCAUGAGAGGUUGCCUGCUCUGCUUUUCUGUCCAACAGUAAAUUGUAGGAUUCUCUUCAAUGAUUAGUCAAAAACAUUGCUUAAAGUUGUGUUUACAACAAACCGGUUCAUACCUGUGUAUUUCUUUGAGGUAGUUCUAAAUGGCUCACUUGCUUGUGUACAAGUUUUGCCCAAGUCUGGUGCUUCCUUGUGCUGAUGGCAACAUGUAGAAAUCCUGUAGUUCUGGAAAACUCAUCCUGUCCAAAGUAUACGAGUAGAAAUCAGCCAACUUUGGGAAAAUGAUGGAAUUAUUGACUUUUGUGCUUUUGUAGCCACUUUUGAUAUAUAACACAUAUAAUACUUAACAUUCA